CUUCCCCCUUCCCCCUCUUCGCGUUUCCUUGUCGCACGCAACAUUCCCCGGCAUGCGUCCCCUAGGCACCACUCUAAAUGUGCCCAAGCGCAAGAGAAGGGGCUCUCCCACCAAGAGCCACUGCCCAACACAACCUCCCUCCCCCUCACUCGCCCUCCUCGCCGUUACCGCUUUCCUGUAGUCUCUCCCCCUUUCCUCUUGACUUCUCCCACCCAGUCGCCGAGCAAGAGGCCCCACCCCUGUGAGAGACGAGCGCCACUCCCCGCCCUCGCCGCGCCCAGGCCGCCCACGAGCCGAGGGUCCCUGCCGUCCUCUUCCGCCCGCCGCCAGAAUGCAGCGUCGCCCUGUGGCGCCGAGCUUUGGCGCCGGCCAUCCGUCCCCCCAAAUGAACUUCAGCCGGAGUCAAUUUGAAGCAAUGGCUCCCGGGACGGCGACUGUUGCUGCUCCGGCCGCGCGCGUAUCCAAUCACGCUCGUCUUGCCGCGGAGGCCUCCUCCACGCGUAAGUUCCUUCUGUUCUGUCUCCUGCUUGUUCAGGUCCUGGUUCUUGUCCUCUCGGGGACGAUCUUUGCCUCCACCUGUUCUCCACAGUGGCUGGCUUUCCUGUUCGCCAGCCUGGCCAAUCUCUACAUUUGCCUGGAGCUUUCUCGUCGGUUCCUCCUCCGGCCGUGGGUCUGUGUCUUCCUGUUCCUGCUGUCUGCGGCCUUUGCCGCGGUUUUCCUCCUGGCCUUCCCGGUCGGCAAUGUUGGCUGUCUCUUCCCGGGGUUCUUCGUCAGCAGCUCCCUCGGCUCGCUGCACCACCAUCAUCAGUGUGGCAAUGCCCAGGGGGGCUUCCCCGGCAGUGGGUUCCUGUCGCAGGUCCAGCAUUUGGCCGGUCGUCGGAGUGGGUCCCGCUGUGGCGUGACCCCCAUGCCGCCGGCCUCUUCGUCGGGCUAUCGCAAUGCCCCGAACCAUGGGGGCUCACAUCUGUCAGUGUCGGGCUCCGGUGGCCCGACCUCUCCGCCCACCUCCGGCACUGGUGGCCAAUCGCUCUCGGUGUCAGGCCCCGCUGGUCCGGGGAUUCCCUCUCGAUCGGAUCGUGCACCCGCCUCCCCGACCGGUGGUGAGCAUCAUCACCUGGCUGCUCCGCAUAACCCGGUGAUGGUUGAGGUCUUCGGUGACGAGCUCUCCGAGGGGAUGGCCCCGGCCGGCGCCUCGGCAAGCAAUUCGCUGCUGCUGGACUCCUCGCUGCUGCAUAGCCAGUCGCAGCUCUUCCCCGGUGUCUAUCGCCUGCACCAUGUGGCCCUGCCCCGUGCGCGUUUCAAGGCGGUCAACAACCACCAGCGGCCGAUCAGCAAGUUCCCCUUCUCCCCCGGACGUCAGGUCAUCCCCCUGUACCUUGAUGGUGUGGCCCCUUGGACCUUGACCUUCCGUGUGGAGCCGCUGCCGCCCGGUGUUUUCGACCUCGCGCAGUUUACCCUCUACCCGCGCACUCUCACCGAGAAGACCAUCACCAUUUCCGAGGCGGAGAACUAUUUCCUCGACGCACCAACCACCGGUCUGUACACUCUGCUGAGUGUCACCGAUCAGCGCGGUCUGAAGGGUAUUGUCGGCGAUGAAACCGUCCAAGUGGUCGUCCCGCCGGUGACCCUGCCCGGGCUGCCGCCCCGGCCACCGUCCGCGGCCUUCCUCCGAGACGAGCCGCUGGAAACCUGCAUCGGCAACAGCAUUUCGGUCUUCCUGCGCCUGACCGGAGAGGCCCCCUUCACGGUGUCCCUCGAGCGUGCGCACAACAAUGCCGGGCCUUCCACCCGACAGACCGUUCGUCUGGGGGCCGAUGAUGCUCUUCAGGGUGAGGAGCUCGGGUCGCUGGUGGAUGACGCCCCCGAGGAAGCGGCUCCGGCCCUGCUGGCCGGCGCCGGUGCUGCUGGCCCCGACGGUGUGCCCACUGUUGUGCUUCCGCCGGCCAAUUCUCCGCAGCUGGAUCGCUUCUAUUUCCGUCUGCCGCUUGGGCCUCUGGAGAAUGAUGGCCGCUCGGUGUGGCGUGUUGUCUCCGUGGCUGACGCGCGCAACAUGACGUCGGUCUACAUUGCGGAUGAGUUUUCGUCGGUCCCCUCGUCGGUCCGGGCGUCAGUGCCUCCGCCUACCGUUUCCGCGCUGGCUUACUCGCGGCCGACCGUUCAACUGGCCGACUCCCUGCAGCCGGAGAAGCCGAUCAUCAUUAGCCGGACCACUCCGACGCGCAUUCCCCUUCAGCUGGAGGCCCGCUACCCUGUGGCCGUGGACAUCCAGUUCCCCGAUGGCGAGCUCAAGCGCCACAUGUUCGAAAAGCCGCCGGCCGCCGGGCACCUGCACACCUUCGUCCUGUCGGAGCCGGGCGAGUACAAGAUCGCCUCUGUGGCCGAUGCCCUCUGCUUUGGCAAUGUCCAGUAUCCGGCCACUCUGACCGUGGAGUUGGCCCCGGAGCCGACUCUCCGGCUGGCCGGCCUGCCGGACCCCGCGGCGGCCCGUUGUCAUCAGGGCAACUCCCUCCUGACGGCCACUCUGCAUCUGACCGGUCAUGGUCCCUGGCAGGUGGAAUUCCGCGACCGUGUCCAAUCGGAUGCCGGGGGCACGGUCUAUGACACCGGUGUCCGGCGCCUGGCCAUCAACUCCUCUCCCUACCAGUUCCGCAUGCCGGUCGAUGUGGCCGGCCGGCAUGAGGUUGUCUUCUUGUCCAUCAGCGACAGCUACUACCGGGGUGUUCCGCUGCAGGGCUUGGCCGACGCAUCGGCCGAUGCGCCCGUCGGCGGUUCCACCGACAGUGGCCCGUACUCCUUUAGCCAGGUGUUCCGCGAGGCCGGUCGCGCCUUCUUCGAGGACUUGCCAGUCGGCGACCAGCAGCAAGGGGCCCUUGGCACCCCUGCCCAGCCCAUUCAUCGGUGCCUGGGCCAGGGGUUGACGCUGCCCGUGCGACUGGAGGGCAGCAGCCCCUUCGCUCUGACCUACUCGCUGGUGUCCUUCGAUGGGCGCCAGCGGGAGUAUCGUCUGGAGGACCUGGCCGGGCCGUCGGUCGAUGUUCGGGUUGAGGCCUUCAGCCACACCGGGCGGUAUACGAUCCGCCUGUUGUCGGUGACCGAUGCCUUUGGCUGCACGCGCGAGCUCCGCCAGGAGCGUGUCAUCACGGUCAGCCAUGUCACGGCAGCCAUGACCUGUGAGGUUGUCGGCGGCGUCGGCGGCACCGGCGGUGCUGGCAACACCGCGGACGAAUGGUCAGCCAGCGCCGGGGUUCCGGCCGGUGGUGUUGUGCGUGCCGGCCGUGGUUCGCAUCUGGUGGUGCGCUUCGCCGGCGGCACCGCUCCCUACACGCUGACGUACCGGGCCCCGGGUCGUGCCGAGCCUGUUGUUGUCUCCGGCCUCCGGGGUAGCUCCUAUCGGAUUCCCCUUGAGACAUCGGGUCUCUAUGAGCUGCUCGGCGUUCGGGACAACAUUUGCCAGGGCGUCCUGGCCAGCGCUUCGCCGGAAGGCAGCACCGGCAAGCACCCCGCCAUCGGCGGUCGGCCCAGCGCUUGUAACAUCCUGCUGGUCGAGCCGCCGGCUCUGACGGUUCGGCAGCUGACUACCUCGGCCUGUGUCGGCCAGCGCAUCCCCCUGGCUGAGCUGUCCUUCACCGGUGAGGCUCCCUGGAAGUUGAACUACUUCUUCACCAGCCCCAAUCCCUCGGGCCAGCGUGGGUCCUCCGAGAACUCGGCCACCCUCUCCGGCGUGUCGAAGACCCCGUUCAGCUUCGACAUCAUCCCUGAGCGCGCGGGCUUCCACCAGUACCGGUUUGCCGAUCUUUCCGACACCCACUAUGGCAAUAUUCCCCUCUCCACCAAGGCCAUCAUGCUUCAGGCCUACGACCCUCCGAGCGUCACCUUCGCCUCGACCCUGGUGUCGGAUCUGUUCGCUUGCGUCGGGGACGACCUGGCCCUGCCGAUUGUCCUGCAUGGUGUGGCCCCAUUCAAGCUGCAUUACGCGGUGACUCGGCUGCCGGAUGGAGCCGAUCAGCUGGACGAGUCGGCCCUCAUGUCUUCCGAGUCAUCGAGGCCCCUCCCCCGGCGGGAGCUGUCCAUGGAGUUCGGCGGGUCCGGUGCGGGUGCCGGCCGGGGGACGCGCAUCAGCGCCGGCUCCGCCAGUCGCGGGACGGUGACGGCCUCGCUCGACAUUGCGCAGGCUCUGCUGGAUGCGGGGCCCAUGCCCUUCGCGCCGGGGUCUGGCUCUGGCUCCGGUUCCGCUGCCGGCUUGCCGGCGACCGCUUCAAAUGCGGCCCAGCGUGGUCGUCGUGACCCUGACUGCCCGCCCCAGCUGCAGGCUGUCGGUGCUUAUCGAUUCUCCCUCAUCCGGGUGGAGGAUGCCACUGGCUGCCAGACGGAACUGUCCCCGGCCCCGGGUGUGCAUGUGUACAUCGGUCCGGAGCCGGACCUCGUGGUACGCGGGGAGCCGGACUCGGUGGAUCGCUGUGUUGGCGACCGCCUGCGUGUGGACUUUGCCCUGCUGAGCGCCGGGCAGCGGCGCGUUGGCAGCGCCUCGGCCGAGGAGCGGCAGGCGAUUGCCGCGCAAACCGCCGCCGCUGGCCCCUGGCAUGUGGCCUAUGCCUUCGAUGGGGACGAGCGGACCCGCCAUACCCGGCAGUCGCGCCUGUCGCUGCAGGUCCUUCACUCGGGCCGAGUGAGCUUCCUGGCCGUGGGGAACCGCUUCUGCACCCGGGCUCUGGAUGCCGGGCACCCCCUGCGGGAGGUGACCUUCCACCCGCUUCCGCGGGCGGUGCUCAACCGCGGUCGCGAGAGCGAGGUCUUCGUGGUGGCCGGCCAGCAGGAGCCCAUUGAUCUGGCCCUCUCCGGCACGCCGCCCUUCAAUGUGUCCAUCCGGCGGUCUUCCUUCGAGACGGAUGGCUACGAGUUCUACGACCUCGCCGGCAUCCAGGGCCACUCGCAUGUCUUUGUGGCCGAGUCCGAGGGUGAGUACCGGGUCAUGCGCGUGGCUGAUCGGUAUUGCAUGGCCGAGCGUGAUGGGACCUCCGUGCGGGCGUCCUCCUCGCGCCGCGGCUCCGCGACAUCCUCUGCUGCGACCGGUGCCGCCGCCGCCGCCGCCGCCGCCGGGGCCACCCCCGAGGCCGAGGCCAUCGCCAUCUGA